AUGAAGGAGAGAGUCACAUUUGUCCAUGCCCAAGGGGUCGAUGUUGACCCUGGGCUCCUCAAAGUCGACGCCAACCAACUUGACGGGCCCUCGGUAAAGGCGGCCCGAGAAAACAGGCUAACGGUUGAAGUAGCUGAACUACCACCGGAGCUUGCUGGCCUCCUUCAAGCUUACCGAGAUAUCAGCAUUCGGUGGGCCAGCCCGUUGACCUAUGGCACGGUUGAGCCUUUUACUUCGCGGUUGUCGCCAGGUCUUCAUGUGUUCUCUACACCAGCUAACGAGACCGCUGGACAUGCCCAAGCCAUCUGGCAUCUUGUCCAAGCUGAGGCUGUGUACUUCUCUACAAGCCUUUGGCUCAAUAGACUGCAUGUCAGCCGAGGGCAAUCUUUUAACCCUCCAGCUGCCACCUUUCACCAGGAACUUGAGCAUCUGUCAGCCUUCAUCGACUGGGUUACCAAAGAGAUAUGUUCCAAGGAAGACUCUGUUUGUCGGAACCGGGCCGAGGCCUUAUCCGAUGCCGCGAGCUUGGAUAUUUUGUGGGACUCGACACUUCGAACUUUGAGGAUCUCGUCAUUGUUCCCGUUGACUGAGCAAAGCAUCAAAGUGGCCGGCUCUUCCACUAGGCGAACAGAGGUCGGCGUCUUUUCCAAGGAUACACCGCCUAAUCAAAAGCCGCACGAAAUAGGAGUAUCUGGGUUUCUCACUGUUCUUGGCGAGAACAAGAAGCCUUCUGGAACACUGUUUGGUUUUCCAUCGCGACAUCGCGUCGCCGACGCUUAUUUCUCAUCCGACUUUGUCUCCCCCACAGGCUUGCACCCAACUUUGCGAUUGACAUUGAGCUCAAAUAUACCGCCGCCCACAGAGGAUGAAUGCGGUCUUCACGCAUACUUCACUCUCCCCAGGACAAUUUUUGCAGAUCGAUACCAGUUCGCCGACCAACUUUUCUUGGCGUCCAAGAACUUGACGGCUUCAAGGUACACCAGCCUCCCUGUUGACUUGGAGGCACCAGCAUAUACCACAAAAACAUGGGGCUCAAGCGUCUUGCUGCAAUUAGCACCUCCCAGCUCCAAUGAGCCGGAAAGUUGGACAGCCGAGGUGCCUCUGCAUCUUCGCUACCUUGAACCGUCUGUGAGCGGCAAAGUCGACAUUGAGAUUCCCUACCCAGCUGUGUUCUGGGCAUGUGAGUCUGAGGCUCACGUGGACCUAUCCAACAAUCCCUUUGACAGGACUCGGCUGGGUUACGAUGGGCUAUUUAGCGAGAAUACGGUGUUUUGGCAUGCCACGCCGCAGCCUGCUACGGGAGGCAGGAUCCUGACGCCCAUCUCGGUACCAGUUUUGAAGGAAGAUGGGGCUUGGCUGGUUGGAUUUGGAACUGCAGCAGCCGUGGCGCUGGGUUUCGCAUGGGUAUUAUGGAAGUUGGCUGCUGUAUUUGCGGUCUCUGGGUAUGGGAGCCUGAGCAGCGAGACGCAAAUGGAGAGCAAGAAGAGGAAGUGA